CGAACGUUGGCCAGUUUGCGAGUCCGCGCCACGUCGCCAUGGACGAGACGAGCGCCCCCGAGGUCCGCCACCGCCCGGCGCAUGAGCUCAAGGCCGACGAAGAAGAAGCCCUCGUGCAGGAGACGUCUCCAUCCGACCUGCGCGAGGUCGACGGCGCCGAGACCAAGGCGCUGCUGCCCUCGCCGCUCUGCAGCGUCGCCGACACGGACGCCACCUUUGACGAGAGCUCGGACGACGACGAUAGCGCGCUCGAGGCCGGCGCGGUCCAAGUCGACGCGCUGCGCAAGGGCGGGUCGCCCAACCUGUAUGCGCGCGAGAACAUUGGGCUGCUCCUCAACUACGGAUGCGUCGGCCUCGUGCUCGGCAUCUUCCCCAGCACCAUCUACCCGUUCAUGAGCUUGUACCUCAACAUGGACGGGUACCAGUCGACGGCCGCGACGGUCCUUGUCGGCUUGCCCUGGUCGUUCAAGAUGGUCAUUGGCAUUGUCUCGGACUCGUUUCCGAUUUGCGGCUACCGCCGCCGGCCCUACAUCCUCUUUGGCUGGAGUCUCUGCGUGCUCUUCCUCUUGAUCAUGGCACUGCUACCCGUCGGCGCGCCGUACUAUGUGCCCGGCGAGCUCCAGCGCACGUCGAACGCAAGCGCCCGUGUUGUCCUCAAUAAGAAUGCACCGAACGAAGGGGCCAAGUACAUCCUCCUCAUGAUGCUGGCUAGCUUUGGCUACGUGAUUGCCGACGUGGCCUGCGACGCGGUCGUCGUCGAGUUUGCGCAGCGCGAGACGUCGCACGUCCGCGGCACGACGCAGACCACGGUGUACAUGGUGCGGUAUGCGACCACAACAUUGGCGUCGGCGGUCGUCGGCUUUUGCUUCAACGGACGCGCGUACGGCGGCAGCUUCAACUGGUCGCUCUCGUUCAACCACAUGAUGGUGCUCGCAGCGUGCGGCGCGGCGCUGGGCAUACCCGCGACGCUGUUUUUCCCAAAGGAAGAGCAAGUCGUGGGCGAACCCUUUGUCAGUCGCUGCAAGACCAUGUGGCGCCUUGCGCAAAAGCGCGCGAUCUGGCAGAUCAUGGCGUUUUCGUUCCUUAACGCGCUUCUCUUUGACUUUGAAGCGACGCCAUCGAACGUGGUGCAGCGCGACUGGGCGCGGGUCCAGCCGCUCAACAGUGCGGCGUUUGUGGUCCUCGCGAAUGCCCUCUUGACGCUCUCGCUCUACUUGACGAAGACGUACUUUUUGAACGUGAGCUGGCGCACGCUGAUUCUCGUGACGACAGUCUCCAUGGUGGUGCUCGAUGCGACCGUGAGCUUCCUCACCAUCUUUGACGUACUCCGCAACCAGUGGUUUUACCUCGGCGCGCCGGUCCUUGGCAACAUCCCCCAAGGCGUCCGGUUUGUCGUCUCGGGCUACGUGACGGUGGAGGUUGCUGAAGUCGGCUUUGAAGGCACCACGUACGGCCUUCUAACGACAGUCUCGAACCUCGCGCAGCCGUUCGCUUCGAGUCUCUCCAAGAUGGUCGACGGGUACUUUGACGCGUUCCAAGAUGACAUUGCCAAAGACACGCCGUACGUGCGCCGCCAAGUCGCCUACACGUUUGUGAUCAUGUACAGCGUACGCCUCUUGAGCAAUGCGACGCUGUGGCUCUUGCCGCGCCAGAAGGCUGAGGCGCAGGCCCUUCGACGCCAUGGCGGGUCGAGCCAAGUCGCCGCUGUGAUCGCCUUCUCGACGGCGUUUCUCUGUCUCGCAUGGUCGAUCUUGACCAACCUCUUGUCGAUCUUCGAGUCGACAGCGUGCCUCCGUAUCGCUGGCGGCAAGGGCUGCGCCGCCUAGCCUCUCUUUGUCCAGAUAAAAAUGCAUGGCCUUAAUUACCACCUUGUCUAUCGUUCUUGUCGCAUCUCUCGCGGUCAAUGUCUUGCUACAGUCGGUCGCUACCUCUACGCAAGGCGUCGUGCAGCCUGGCGGCGGCGAACCUCGUCGUCGGGCGUCGUCGCGCCCGGUCGUCGUCGUUGCCUCGCUCGCUUCUCCGGCGGGAUCGCACGUGUCGGGUAACGGGCCAAUCAGCGGCGGUCAUGACGUGGAAUAUAAUUAUGCCUCUUUAUGUGGAUAAAUGUAUGUGCCAUUGAU